CAACAAACCAUUGAAAUCGCAUCAGUUGCCUGAUUGAACACGAGGAUACCAUACGCUUCAUGUAAAGAGUCAGCACGAGAUAGGACACACGAUGAAAGUGUUUGGUAUUCCGGCGGCAUUGCUGCUGACAACUGUGCAAAUUGCCAAUGCGGGCUCUCCUACUGCUCAGCACGCCAUUACAGGAAUUGAAUCUCUAGCAUUCAACCAGUACAAGCUCUCCGAUGUCAUCGCAUCGUCGCCUCUGCUAUCACUCCAUCGAACCCUUUGUGAAGUUGAAUCUGUGACCGACAACGAGCUGAAGAUCGGGCGACUGAUCGUCUCAUUCCUUCAAGACCACAACUUUACCGUCGAGACCCAGAACGUGCCCGCGCCUGACAACACCAAGCGCUGGAAUAUCUAUGCAUACCCGGAUCCUUCCAAGCAUGGAUCCGCUGAGCGAACCUUCAAAUCUGAAAUUUCGCCCAAGGUCCUCUUAAGCUCACACAUCGACACAGUACCACCACACAUUCCAUACUCGCUAUCAGCUCCCAAGAAAGCCGGCGCGUCUCGAGACGAAAUUCUCAUCUUGGGUAGGGGCACGGUUGACGACAAGGCGUGUGUUGCUGUCCAGAUUCAGACGAUUCUGGACUUAUUAGCUGACCCAAACUCGGACAUCGACCCUGCAGAUCUGGCACUGCUGUUGGUCGUCGGCGAGGAGAAACGUGGCGAUGGGAUGAAGCACUUUUCCGAUUCUGAUUUAUAUCAAAGCACCAAUGGUAACUACAAGGCGGUGCUAUUCGGCGAACCCACUGAAGGCAAGCUCGCGGCCGGUCAUAAAGGCAUCUUUAUGGUUUCCAUCACAGCCCACGGCAAGGCAGCUCAUUCAGGCUAUCCAUGGCUGGGACGUAGUGCCAACAGCAUGAUUCUACCAGCUCUACUGGCCCUUGACAAGCUAGGCGACAUUCCAGAGGAUGAGGGCGGACUACCUCGCAGCGAAAAGUUCGGAAAGAGUACAGUCAAUGUUGGCUACAUGCAAGGUGGCGUCGCCGGCAAUGUGGUUCCGGAGCUUGCCACGGCAGAUAUUACGUUCAGACUCGCCGGCGGAAAUCCAAAGCAGGUCCAGGAGAUCGUCACCAACGCCAUUCGAGCCGUCGAUCCAGAUCACUUGCUCCAACUCGAAUUCUCCCAAGGCUACGGCCCCGUCGAGCUGGAUGCCGAUGUGGAUGGUUUCGACGUCAUCACGGUCAACUACGGGACUGAUGUACCCAAUCUGCGCGUGGAUAAGUCGGUCAAGAGAUAUUUAUAUGGUCCAGGCAGCAUUCUGGUCGCACAUGGAAGGAAUGAAGGUCUGACGGUGGGCGCUUUGGAAGAGGCGUUGGAGGGAUAUAAGAAGUUGGUCAAUCAUGCUCUUGAAUCUUGAAAUAUGAAGUAAUUUGAU